GUGGACAAGCUCGAGAGGGUCAGGAGUUACUUGACAGAUUGCCAGACCUGCCGGAGAAGGUCCGUUUUAUUUUUCCGCGAGCACACGUUUUUACGAAGGGAGCCGGCUACGAUGACGUGCCCGAACUGCCUCUGCGGCAUCGAAACCGCGGUCGAGAGGCGCGCCACGAUGAAAACCCACUUGUCCGCCCUACUGUUACUGCCAGUUUGCCUGUGCGUUUUUCCUUAUUACUCGAAAGAGCUGCGGGACACGCUGCACCGGUGCCCGGCCUGUGGAGUUCAUUUAGGAAGUAAUUUUGCAUCGGUGCGCGAGGCUUGCAUUGUUUGCGCGGGGCACAGACAUCGGCACAAUGCUGAAGACGACGCUGGGCAGCAACACUUGUGAUGAC